CUGGUCAUUCAGGAAGUAAAUAUUGCGCACGUGCAGAUUCCGCCACACAUCCUGUUCCACGGCAUUUUAUCCGCGUGUUUUGCUACAGCUUUGCCUUCAAACGUCUUCUCCAGCGAUGAGCGCAGUUAUUCCUCGGAUAGAACAGCUGUCGGCCCGAGUCGUCCGGGUUCUGGGCUGUAAUCCGGGCCCCAUGACUCUGCAGGGAACCAACACGUACCUGGUCGGAACCGGGGAAAGGCGGGUUCUGAUAGACACCGGAGAACCUGCUGUGCCGGAAUACAUCCGCAACCUGAAACAGACCCUCAAACAGUUCAGCACCAGCAUCCAGGAGAUCAUCGUCACCCACUGGCACCACGACCACGUGGGGGGAGUGGAAGACGUCUGCAAAGACAUCACUGGUUAUGAGGUCAAAGUCAGCAAACUGCCUCGCUCCAACGGGGACAAGGAGUCAGCUGGAAAAAAGAGCUAUAACUACCUUAAAGAUGGAGAUGUGGUGCAGACAGAGGGGGCCACACUGAGAGUCCUCUUCACCCCAGGCCACACUGACGACCACAUGGCCCUGCUGCUGGAGGAGGAGCAGGCGCUCUUCUCAGGUGACUGCAUCCUGGGCGAGGGCACGGCCGUGUUCGAGGAUCUCUACGACUACAUGAGAUCUCUGAAGGUCCUGCUAAACUCUGAGGCUGACCUCAUCUACCCGGGUCACGGCCCCGUGGUUCAGGACGCCUGCUCUAAGAUCAGAUACUAUAUCAGUCACCGGGACCAGAGAGAGCAGCAGAUCCUGGCUGCCAUUGUGGAUGGAGCAGGAAAGCCGUUCUCCUCCAUGGAGCUUGUCAAGACUGUUUAUAAGGACACUCCUGAACACCUGCAUCAAGCAGCUAAUGUGAACUUGGUCCAUCACCUAAAGAAACUGGAAAAAGAAGGAAAGAUUAUCAUGACUGGUUCGCCACUGGACAUCAAAUGGAAGAGUAACCUGUGAUAUCCUGCAAGGCAGCGAUAAAACAGACCCGAGCUCACAAAACCUGUGCCUUGAUUGUGUUAAUGUGUUAAACAUUAAGGUUUGUCUUCUGCCCACAGGCCUUCGUCAACUGAUAGAAUAUUAUGUCCUGUUACCUGAAGUAACAGGUGGUCCUUGCUUAUGAGUAACCUGCCAAACCUUAUUAUCAGAGUUAAUAAUUUAGGGAAAUAUGCCAUGUCAGGCUACAGUGUGACAGUGUGACUGUACAGACACAUAAAGGUUGGCUUCUCUCAAAACAUAUGUUCUCAGAUUCCAGUUAGACAUCAUUUUCAGCUGCCAUCCCUUAUUCUUCCUGGUCUUGAUCUUUGCACUAGAAAUGCUGCACGGAGUUUCCAUUUUUACUCACUAGGUGGCAGCAUGCAAUUGGAUUUGUUGUAAAAUAGCGUGAAAAAUGAAUGACUUUGCAGUUAUAUUAUUGGAUAUGAAAGAUGGAUGUGAAUGAAAACAUUAUAUAGAACAAUCAGCAGUGAUGUAUUUUCUGUGUAUAUAAAUGGUAGGUACAUGAUCAUUACAAAGUUUAUGUAGCUGCUGAUGAAAUUCAUGAACACUAAAAGUUUUUUUUUAUUAUCAUUAAAAGAUCUUCAAACGCAAUAAAUGAAUGAAUAUUCUGAC